CGUGACUUGAACGCAGCACGUGAGUGGUGUGAGCGAGCGCUGGAAUUGAAUCCAGAGAUGCCGUGUGCUCUGAUCUUGAUGGCGUUGAUAUUCACAGCACAAAACGAUUACAAAGCAGCUUUGGAGCUUGUCAUUGAAGCAUUAAACGACUUCCCUUCAAAUUUCGCACUGCUCGUACUCAAACUUAAACUCGACGUCAAAUUUGGUCGAACCGAAGAAGCUCUGUCCACGUCGAAUAGUUUACUUCAGUUUUGGCGUAAAACUGAUCCGUCGUAUAGUUUCGGUGGUGGCAGUGACAUUAUUGCCCCAAAUAUAUCAAAUUAUGUGACCGAAAAGAAUCGAUGUGAGAGCAUAGCACGAGGAAGCGUGGCACGUUCGAUGAGCAGUCGUGAUGCAAUGACCCCGAUUGCACCAAUGUUUACCGCUCCUUUAGGCAUAAUUGCAUCAUCCACAUCGAUGAUCGGCACGAGUAAUUUGGAUCUGAGUGGUCAGUAUUAUUAUUUAUAUAAUGGCAAAUUAUGUUAUCGUAUAGUUUAUUUUCUAUUUGUUUAUUCUAUUCAUUUUCUGUUCGUUUAUUUCUAA